AUGGACUACACACACAGCGACUAUACUGUCGCAUGGGUCUGUGCCUUGCCAUUGGAAAUGACAGCGGCAAAGGCAAUGCUAGAAAAGGUGCAUCUUUCGCUACCCCAGCCAGAAACCGACCAUAAUACUUACAUACUUGGAAGUAUUGCCAACCAUAAUGUGGUAGUGGCGUGUCUACCAUCAGGUGUUUAUGGAACCACAUCUGCGGCAACUGUGCUAGCUCACAUGUUAUCAACAUUUCGUUCCCUCCGAUUUGGAUUGAUGGUAGGCGUUGGCGGCGGAGUGCCCAGCGACAACGCGGAUAUUCGCCUCGGUGAUGUGGUUGUCAGUAUACCAACUCCAGCCUCGGGGGGUGUGAUCCAAUAUGACUAUGGAAAGACCCUUCGUGAUGGACGCUUGCAUCGAACUGGAUCGCUCAAUAAGCCUCCGCAAUGUCUCCUGACUGCCGUAUCUCAUAUGCGCAGUGAUUCUAUGAUUGGAGCCUCGCUGAUUCAGCCAAGUAUAUCGGAGAUGCUUCAGAAGCAGCAAAAGAUCUAUAAACAACUCUCCAAACCAGAUCGCGAUUGGCUGUUUCACUCGGGGUAUGACCAUGUGAGCGCGGUUGCUGAUUGUUCCUUAUGUGAUCAGUCGCAUCGGGUAGUUCGUACAGCGCGAGUCACAAAUGAGCCGGCCAUACAUUAUGGGUUGAUUGCCUGCGGGAACCAGGUUAUCAAGAAUGCUAAGACAAGAGAUUCUAUUGCCCAAGGGUUGAAUAUACUGUGUUUCGAAAUGGAGGCAGCCGGGCUAAUGGAUCAGUUACCAUGUCUCGUUAUUCGCGGAGUCUGCGAUUAUUGCGACUCACAUAAGAAUAAGGACUGGCAAGGGUAUGCUGCUCUUACUGCUGCUGUAUACGCAGGCGCUCUCCUGGCCAUUGUUCCUAGCAUCAACAAUAAGGCCCAACAAGACCAAAAAACCAAAUUCACUGCCGAAGAGAAAGCAUGCUUGCAAGGUCUGUUUAUUACAGACCCAGCAGAUGACAGAAGUGCACUGCAACGGAGAAAAGGAAAACGUGCUCCUGGGACCUGCAACUGGAUAUUAGAGACCAAUGAGCUAAACACCUGGCUCAGACAUCAUGAAGGCUCCGAGUCAAGGUCAAAUGUGCUUUGGCUAUACGGGAACCCUGGAACUGGAAAGUCAACGAUGGCCAUCACGCUCACAGAAGAGCUCCCCAAGAAGUCGCAUUUUGCCGGCAACAACGUCUUCCUUGCGUAUUUCUUCUGUGACUCAAGCUCAGAAGCCCACCGUACGGCGCUAUCCAUAUUACGGGGAUUGCUCUAUCAGUUGAUAACAGAGCGCCCUGAACUUAUAAAAUACCUGCUUUCGAAAUACAACACCAAGGAUACACACUUGUUUAGUUCGUUCGAUGCAUUGUGGAGUGUAUUGAUGAGCUUGAGUAACGAUAAAGAUAUUAAGGGUAUAUACUGCAUCAUUGAUGCGUUGGAUGAAUGCGACCAUGAGUCACAGCGCAUGAUACUUGAACAGAUCGAUCAAACCUUCACAGCUCGUCAUAUGAAGGAUGACAGCUCGUCAAAGCUACAUCUGUUGAUUACCAGCCGACCAUUUCCUGAGAUUCGUCAGUAUCUAUCAUCCUUCGAAAGCAAAGAUCUAGCCUCCUACAGGGAGGUUUCCAGGGACUUGGAGAAAAUGAUUCGGGAAAAGGUUGAGAACUUACGGAGCAAAAAGUCUUAUUCUCAAGCAGUGGCUGCUGACGUAUCCCGGAUCCUCGAGGACAAAGCCGAAGGAACGUUCCUAUGGGUAGGCAUCGCUUGUGAUGAAUUAGCGCAGGUGCAAUCUAGGAAUGCAUUAAAGAUCCUGCACAGUCUCCCCCGAGGUCUGCAUUCUCUAUAUCAGAAGCUCCUCGACCGAGCAAUUGAAUCAGAUGACAGGAAUGACCAAGAAAUAAUAAUCGAUAUGCUGAGUUUCGUCACUGUGUCCCGAAGACGAAUGACAUUGACAGAAUUAUGCGAAGCAUGCCAAAUUUAUCCCAAUGCUGACGAGGAGAGCCGCCUGCAAUUCACACGAGAAUACAUUGAUUUGUGCCGUCUGAUGGUUGUUAUUUCGGGAGAGCAUGUUCAACUCCUCCACAAAUCUGUUAGAGAUUUUCUUGUGAGACAUACACAGAGGAUUGACGAUAUAGGGGCUAAUUCUACACUAGCCUACCGAUGUAUCAAUAGUGUUUUGCAUGGCUAUCAGUCCGGAGGGAAUAAAACACGUUCGAGGACUGAACAAGAAUUCCUAGAUUAUUCGACCAUUUACUGGACAGAACAUGCCAGUGUCUCCGAAAGUCGAUUUACAGUGGCUCCAGAACACGAGUGUUUCUUUUCUUCGCAAUCAGAUUCCUGGGGAACGUGGCUGAAGCAAUAUAAUUCUCUGCGGGACGAUUUCCAGCCUCAAUUAGAUGCCAGCUAUUCGGCCCUACAUGUUGCAGCCAAAUGGGGUAUUGUUAACCUAGCAGCAUACGUUUUGACUAAGACGAAGGGAGUAGAAGUUGACGACACUGCAUACAAGGCCAGUGGUGGACUGACACCCAUGGAGGAAGCGAUACGAAGAGGCCAUAUGAGCGUGAUAUCAUUAUUAUGGGAGCAAGGGUCGGCUAAAAGGCCGGUAUCCGCCCGUGUUUUGACAGAUGUAUUACUGAACGGGAAGAACAAACAGGAAGUGCUGGCCUUCCUACUCAACCGAGGAAGCGAGGUGCAAAUUACAGAAGAUCUUGUCAAAACCAUGCACAGAGAUUGGCGCAACGGUGCUGAAACAAUGCAGGAUCUACUUCGCAAAGAUUCUAUCCAGAUCACAGGAUCCACAGUAGCAGUUAUCUGUGAGUUAUUUGGGUCAAAUACUGUGAAAAUGCUCCUUGAGCAUGAAAAUAUCCAAAUCGAAACGAAUGCUGUCAGAGCUGCAAUACAUAAUCGGCGCGAUAGGACAGACGUGGUUAAACUUCUUUUAAGUCGACGAGGGGACCGAAUCCCUAUAGCGGAAGAGACCUUGGCACUGAUUUGUAGAAAUUUCAACUCAAACAUCCUGAAAUUGUUACUAGAUCGGCAGGAACACCUUCCUAUCACAGAAUAUGUGGUUAAAUCAGCAGCUGCAAACACGCAAAGUAGCGCGGCGGUGAAACUCCUUCUGGAUCGACUGGGUAACAGAUCUGUUCCCAUCACAGAGAGUCUCCUUAAGGUCGCUGCGGCCAAUGGGAGAUUUGGAGCCCAGCUGUUGGAGACCAUACUAGGCCGUUCUAAUAUCCCAGUCAAGAUAACUGAGAAGGUGUUGAAAGCGGCAGCAGCAAAUGAGGAGAGUGGGAAACAAGUGAUGGAAUUUUUGCUGGACCGAGACGACCAGGUGCGGAUCAGUAGUGAUGUCCUGAAAUCGGCAGCGGCGAACUGGGGCAACGGAAAAGAAGUGAUAGGACUAUUGUCAGAUCGACGACAGAUCCAUCUCCCAAUCCCGGAAAAUGUCUUCAGAGUAGCGGCAUACAACCCAUUCCAUGGAAAGGAGGUGAUUAGAUUACUGGUGGAGUUCCGAGAGAGCUGUACUGAAUACACGAAUAAUAAAUUCAAACACCCCGAGGAUGCGGUCGAGGCUGCAGCAGGAGAUUGGAAGUCUGGGAAGCAAGAUAUACAACAGCUGCUUAAUCGAGGUGAUCGGAUCCUGAUUACUGAAGGCGUGGUACAUUCAGCAUCAACCAAUUGGGGCAGUGGGAGAGAUGUGAUGGAACUUCUUUUGAGUGGACAAGAAGCCCAGGUGAGCAUCACACGGGAGGCAGUGCUAUUGAUCUAUGCCAAAUUUGAUUCAAAGAUCGUUGCACUCCUAUUACAUCGCCAGGGGAAGCAAUUUCAGCUCACAGAAGAUGUGCUGAAAGCUGCAGCCAGCAAUUGUAGCAACGGGAGACAAGUCAUGGAGCUCCUACUGAGUCAAAAAAGUGGCCUGGUCCUAGUCACCAAAGACCUGGUUGAGACCAUAGCUCUCAAUUUCUGGGGUGGGAAAGAUGUGAUAGACCUUCUUUUGGGUCAACAAGAACACCAGCUACACAUCACACAGGAGGCAAUGGCAUUCAUCUGUACCAGAUUUGGCCCAAAGACCAUAGCGCUGCUAUCAAGCCGAUUACAGAAGCCAAUCCAAUUCGCAGCAGAUGUGCUAAACGAUGCAUUCGACAACUGGGAUAGUGGGGAACAAGUGAAAGAGCUCCUGAUAAGUGAAUCAAUCGAUCACAUCCUAAUUACAAAAGAUCUGCCUGACGCUGUAGCCCGCGGCAAGGAAGAUGAAGAAGUGUCAAAAAUACAGCCGAAGCAGGAGAAAAUCCACGUUCAGGUUGGGGAAUGCCCUACAGCUGGGGAAGAAUGUGAGACAAACCAGUCAGAUAUGAUAGGGCCCCUGUAUAACGAGCGUAAUGGCACCCAGGCAACUAGCAUUCCAAUACAGCCACUACCUGCCCAUUUACACAAGCCAUCGUUAUGGGUUUUCUUUUUGACCGCGAUCACUGCUCUCCUUUCCUACUGGAUAACAUAUUAG